AUGGCAAACAACAAUGCCUCCAAGAUUUUCGUCAACUACAGCACCGAAACGGUCCGUUUUGAGUAUGAGUGCUCAUUUGAUAAGUUCACAACUCGAAAUGAAGCUUUCGUCACUAAAGAGUUUGCUCCACCGGGCCGUCGAGAACCGCUUUUCUACCUCAGUGUUAACACAAAUGCUGAAAACAUUCCUAAUUUACAUGAGUUCAUUGCCACUCUAAUUUUGAAAUCAUCUACCGCGGUUAAGUGUAAAACGUCAAGCUGGCUGCUGACCAAGAGUGGGGACAUCUGGAAAAGUCAAGAUUCUGACUUCUUUAUUAGUAAAAAUGGACAAAAAGAUAUUUGUAUUGAAAGCCGCGAAAAUAUAUGCAAUCCUGAUACCGGACUGCUGUCAGAAAAUGCCCUCACUUUUUGUUGCGAGUUUACUCUGGAGUUGGAAACAAUUUCCGAAAAGCUGACCAUUGCUCGCCCAAUCCGAAAACUGGAUGACAAGGUGCAAGUACUGGAUGAUCUGGGAAAAUUGCUCCAAAGUGGCGAGUUCUCCGACUUUGAGUUUACUAUCGGCGAGCGAAAGUUUCCUGUUCACAAGUGCAUCUUGUACUCUCGCGCACCUUACUUAAAAGCGAUGUUUACGCAAGACUUUGAAGAGAAGACCACUAAAAGUGUGCCGAUCGAGGACAUCGACGCCGACAUGUUCACCGAACUGCUCGAGUACCUCUACACAUCGAAGCUUCCCGAGUUCACUGACGAAAUGAAGGCGAUUGAAGUGCUGACUAUCGCUGACAAGUACCAACUUGAUUCACUAAAAAUGAUUGCUGAAAAUGAGCUCAGCGCAAUGAUGACUACCGAGUCGAUGUUCAACUUGCUGAUGAUCGCCGACAUGUACAACGCCGCAGUACUCAAGGCCAACGCCAUGAAGUUCAUCGCCAGCAAAGCCACCUCAAUGGACAUUCUGAAGGCGCUCUUUGAAAAUGAACUUUUUGGCAGUAUGCAGUCAAAGACGCUGAUGUCUGCCAUGCGAGAUCUGGUGAAGGACGAGUAG